GAAGGGUGGGGGAAGAACAGAUCAAGAAAAAGAAAUCGCGAAUCGGCGAUUUGACAUCGAAAGAAAAGAUGAAUGAUUUAAUGACAAAGUCGUUUCUAAGUUAUGUGGAACUCAAGAAACAGGCCAAGAUUGACGUAGAAGAAGAAGGGGGACAACUCAGUCCCUCAGAAGAAGAAAACCUGUCUCUAUUCUUUGUAGAAAUCGAAGCAACAAAAUCCGAAAUGGAACAGAUUUCGAAUCUUCUCUCCGAUCUUCAAAGACUGGAUCAAGAGACCAAGUCCAUCCAUAGUGCCAAGAUUCUACGUGGGAUAAGAGACCAGAUAGACUCGGGCGUGGUUUCUAUUCUUCGGAAGGCGGGUCUAAUAAAGGCGAAACUGCAUUCAAUUGACCGGUCGAAUUUAGCCAAUCGGAAGAUAUCACUCGCGUUCGUGGAAGGAGGGGCGGUUGAUCGAACCAGGGUGCAUAUAACAAACGGUUUAAGGGUGAAGCUUAGGGAGAUGAUGAAUGAUUUUCAGACGGUUAGGGAGAGAAUUAUAUCUGAUCACAGAGAAGCUUUGAAAAAGACUUACUAUAACGCAAAUGGUGAGUUUCCAAACGAGGAAGUGCUUGAAAAGAUGAUGGUCUCAGGAAACGGCGAACAAGUUGAGAUUUGUAAAGACAAUUCGGAACUUUACUUGGAGAACAAAGAGCGCCAUGAAGCUGUAAUUGUCAUUAAAAGGAGUUUGGACAAGCUCCAUCAGAUAUUUCUCGACAUGGCAGUGCUCGUGGAGGAACAAGGAGAACAAAUGGACAAUAUCGAGAUAAAUGUGAAUAAUGCAGGAAGUUUCGUCAGUGGAGGGACUAACAGUCUGUUCUACGCCAAACAGAUGAAGAAGAAGGGCAGGAAAUGCUGUUUUGCUGUUUGGGCUGUGGUGUUGAUAAUAUUACUAGUAUGCUUUGUUGGAAUGUUGUCUUCUUGAUAAUAUUUUUUUUCUCAAGACUUUUAUAAUAUACUUUCUAUAUAGUACUGUACUGUACACAAUUAUAACGAUCUUCAUUUCAUUGAUAUGGUAUAAAUAAAAUGUAUUGUUCUUCA